AUGUUGUCUGCUAGACCUGCUCUCCGUGCUGCUGUUCGUACAGCUGUCGCUGCCUCCAAGACUUUGAGAGUUGCUAGACCAACUCAAUUGUCUUAUGUCAGAUACGCCUCUGCUAAGGCUGGUGCCACUGAAGUCUCUUCUAUCUUGGAAGAGAGAAUCAGAGGUGUUUCUCAAGAAGCUGACUUGAACGAAACCGGUAGAGUUUUGUCAAUUGGUGAUGGUAUUGCCAGAGUUUUCGGUUUAAAGAACAUCCAAGCUGAAGAAUUGGUUGAAUUCUCUUCUGGUGUUAAGGGUAUGGCCUUGAACUUGGAACCCGAUCAAGUUGGUAUUGUCUUGUUCGGUUCCGAUGCUUUGGUUAAGGAAGGUGAAACCGUUAAGAGAACUGGCCAAAUUGUUGAAGUUCCAACUGGUCCUGAAUUGUUAGGUAGAGUUGUUGAUGGUUUAGGUAACCCAAUCGAUGGUAAGGGUCCAUUGAACGCUUCUUCUUCUUCCAGAGCUCAAGUUAAGGCUCCAGGUAUCUUACCAAGAACCUCCGUCCACGAACCAAUGCAAACUGGUUUGAAGUCUGUUGAUGCUUUAGUCCCAAUUGGUAGAGGUCAAAGAGAAUUGAUUAUUGGUGACAGACAAACUGGUAAGACCGCUGUCGCUUUGGAUACCAUCUUGAACCAAAAGAGAUGGAACCAAGGUUCUGACGAAUCCAAGAAGUUGUACUGUGUUUACGUUGCUGUUGGUCAAAAGAGAUCUACUGUUGCUCAAUUGGUUCAAACUUUGGAACAACACGAUGCUAUGCAAUACUCUAUUAUUGUUGCUGCUACUGCUUCUGAAGCUGCUCCAUUGCAAUAUAUUGCUCCUUUCACCGGUUGUGCUAUUGGUGAAUGGUUCAGAGACAAUGGAAAGCAUGCUUUGAUCAUCUAUGAUGAUUUGUCCAAGCAAGCUGUUGCCUACCGUCAAUUGUCAUUAUUGUUGAGAAGACCUCCUGGAAGAGAAGCUUACCCUGGUGAUGUUUUCUACUUGCAUUCUAGAUUGUUGGAAAGAGCUGCUAAGAUGUCCUCUGCCUUCGGUUCUGGUUCUUUGACUGCUUUGCCAGUCAUUGAAACCCAAGGUGGUGAUGUCUCUGCUUAUAUUCCAACUAACGUCAUUUCUAUCACUGAUGGUCAAAUUUUCUUGGAAGCUGAAUUGUUCUACAAGGGUAUUAGACCAGCUAUUAAUGUUGGUUUGUCUGUUUCUCGUGUCGGUUCCGCUGCUCAAGUCAAGGCCAUGAAGCAAGUUGCUGGUUCCAUGAAGUUGUUCUUAGCUCAAUACAGAGAAGUCGCUGCUUUCGCUCAAUUUGGUUCUGAUUUGGAUGCUUCUACCAAGCAAACCUUAUCUAGAGGUGAAAGAUUGACUCAAUUGUUGAAGCAAAAGCAAUACAGUCCUAUGGCUGCCGAAGAACAAGUUCCUGUCAUUUACGCCGGUGUCCAAGGUUUCUUGGAUGACGUGCCAGUUGACAGAAUUGGUGAAUUUGAAGAAUCCUUUUUGGCUUUCUUAAAGAACAACGAACCUGAAAUCAUUGAUGCUAUCAAGACUAAGGGUGAAUUGUCCAAGGAAUUGUUGGCUAAGUUGAAGACUUCUACUGAAUCCUUUGUUGCCUCCUUCUAA